CAGCGCACACUGUCCUUCUACUCACCAACAAAGUCUGGCCCAAAAAAUAAUAAUUUCUACUCAUCUGUAAUUUAAGUUUAAGUUGAAAAAUGUCUCUUAAAAUCAUCUUUACAUUAGCAAUUCUUCAUCUGGCCAAAGUUUCUGCAGUCAUUUAUCUCCGAGCAGGAGACACCUGUGAUAAUUCCGAUGUGGAACGAAUCUGUGAUCCUAGCCUAUUUUUAAACUGUAUCAAUUCAAUUUGCGGAUGCAACGACACCCUUCAGUUGGAACAACCUGCGUCAUACAUACUUGCAACAUGUGCCAUAAAAUUGGGCCAAGUUUGCCAAUCGGAUGUGGACCCUGCCAAACCAGGCUGUAUUAUCAACUCAAAAUGUGUCACAAAAUCUGAAAUCGAUCUGAACGGAAUUUGUACCUGUGUCGAGCCUGACUCACCUUCGCCGGAUGGCGAUUUCUGUUAUCAUCUGGCUGAUAAGACGAGCGAAUUUUGCGGACAAUUAAUGCCUGGAGUGACUUGCAAUGCAGAAGGGAAAUUAUUUUGCUCCUCUGGGAGUCGGUGCACGUGCGAGGAAGGGUGGAUUUCCGCCGGCGGCUGCUACGCGAACUAUACGUAUCCUUGCAAAACUAGCAGCAAUCACACUUGGGAACUGUGUCCGCCCCCAGCUUAUGGCGAGUAUCACCUCAAAUGCAGCAGUGAAGAAAAUGGUCAAUGUGAAUGUCUUUUUCACGAAGAAAAUAUAUGGAUUCCCAACCCAAGCGGUGGCCCCGGAACGUUCCCGGGUUGCUAUUUUCGUCCCGGGGCAUCCUGCGAGGAUAUCCAAGAACAUGAAAUGUACUGCGUCGAACUUUCCCGAUGCCGAGGGAUUAGUCCGAACCGCGUAUGCACCUGUGUUGACUAUUUCGCGCCCAAUGACGACAGCACGUUGUGCCUGCACGCUCCCGCCGAACUGCUCGAAUAUGGAGAAAACUGUCGCGACACGUAUCCCAGAGCAGUUUGCAAUUCUUUCAACAUGUUAGAGUGCGACUAUCCGUGUUUCGAUUGUGUUUGCGUUUGCCAAUCGGGUUACAGCAUUAAUACUGCCCUCAAUUUAUGUCAAGCUGCACAUGGGUCGGUUUGCGACUCCGUGGAAGGUGCCCCAUUUCCAAAUAUGACUUGCAACUCGGAAGAAUUUCUGACUUGUGUGGAUUCAAAUUGCGCCUGUGAAAACGAAGCCACCCAAUAUUUCAACCCUAUCACGUCCGAAUGUGGACUUCUCGCCCAUGAAAAUUGCACCACUCAACCAAACACGAUCCGCUGCACGCUGGGCACCACGUGUCAGCACAUCCAAGACAACACUUCCCGUUGCCGCUGCCCGACAAGGAUGAAAGCUACCGAAAAUCGGACCGCAUGUGAACAAAACCCUACCCUCGUAAUCUUAUCGUUCAACGAAACCUGUGACAUUUGGGACGUCGAAACUUCAUUUUGCAACAAUCUACAAGAUUUAUCUUGCCAAGGCUCAAUCUGCUCUUGCCCAAGUGAAGGACACGUCUGGAACGCUGAGUGGGAAUCUUGCUACGCCGGGUAUCAAACUGAUUGCGUUCCUUUCUCAAGUAAAACGAGCGAACAGUGUGAUCCAACCAGUUUGACGACGUGUUUAUCGACUGACGAUAAGUGUGGAUGUUUGGUUUUUCAGCUUUGGUGGAAGGACCGAUGUCACACUUUAGUUGGGCAUGAUUGCAGAAGUGAUAAGUCGAUUUGUGUCGAGAAUGCAGAAUGUGUACGAGGUGCCUGCAGUUGCGGGGAAGGUUUUGUACCAGACCCGGAGUUAAAUUUUGGACAAUGUAUGACAAAAGAAGGUGGGGCGGGAUCUUCGAUUAACGUGAAUAUGUUCUUGCUGAUUACACUUAUCGGAAAACUAUACUUGGUUAAGUUUUGGACUAAAUGUGGAUUCAUGUAAAAUCAUGUAAAUAUCCAUAUAUGUAUGAUGACACGAUCAUGUAAGCUUCAUCUAAUACAAUUGAAUCGUUUAAAUAAAAAUAGGAGAAUAAUGUUGUACGAAUUGUUUAAGUGAA